AUGCAAAUUGCCAUUGAAAUUGGUGCUCAAAUGGGUAAAGUUAAUAUUCAUGAUAUAUUUUAUGGACGAAAGACCAUUCGUAAUGAAGCAAUUAAUAAAUUUAACCAUUUUUCAACUACUAUUCGACAAAUCCUCGAAGAACCAAUCAAAAACCACUGUGUUGCUGCAACAUGUGAUAUGUGGAGUGAUGAUUAUGUCAAACGUUCUUAUCUUGACUUUUCUGUCUUUUGGGCUACUCAAGAAUACAAAUUGUCUCACUGCUUAUUACGGUGUAAGCAUUUUACUGAAGACAACAAAACAGGUAUAAAUAUCUGGCAAGAAAUUAGAUCAAUAUUUGAAUCUUUCAAUUUAUCAUUCGGUGAUACGCCGGUCGUUACUGAUCAAGGAAGUAAUAUGGUUGCAGCUUUCAACAUUACACAAGAAGCUCGUUUUCCAUGCAUGGCUCAUCGAUGCAAUACUACUCUCGAAACCGCUUGGAGUAGAACAGAUACAAAACAUCCAACAUUUGCUAUGUUUAACCUGGCGGUUCGUGAAUUACGUAAAUAUGUUAAUCAAACAACUGGUAUUCAAGAGAAGUUACCGAAAACACUGAAAGGUGGUGGUGGCACACGUCCUUGGCGAUGUUAUUUUAAUAUUCACGAUUCAUUAAAUACUUCCUAUGAAAAAUUGAAUAUUAUAUUACGUGAAAGACAAGAACAACAUAGAUUAUUUAACAUUGAUCCAGUUUUAUUGAACGAAAUUGUCCAAUUGAUGAAUCCAUUUUCAAUGGUAUUUGAUAAACUUGAAGCGGCUAAUCAACCUACAUUCCAGAAUGUAGUACCAAGUUAUUACCGUAUGAUAAACGACGUUCAACCUAAAUCGAACGACCAUAAAAUUAUUAUUGAUUUGAAAAGUGAAAUUCGAUACUCUCUUGAUGAGAAAUAUUUAUCUUCAAUUUUGCAACUUCAUUGGAUUGGUACGUACUUAGAUCCAUCAUUUAAAUCGUUUUUUUUCGUUUCAGAUCGUUUGUAUUUGGAAACACAGAAGACAGAAAAGUCAAGAUAA